GGCUGCUGUAAUCACACAUCAGGUUAUCUGAAUAAAUCCCUUAGCCCUUGCUGCUGCAGUGCAAUUUGUAAAGUGAAGAUUUGUGUAGAUUUAUACCACAACAACCUGUCUAUGUAAGGUCAGCUCUCUAAAGGAAGUUGGUAAAUAUUUGAUAAAAAGGAUUACUUCAGGGUCAGAUGAGGGUAGCGGAGGGUCUGGCAAAGGGCACAAAAGGUUAUCUGUGGUGCUUUGAGGGUAGAUGUUCAGUCAAACUAGCUCCCUGAGUGUCUAUCUCUUAAAGACUAGGCUCUCAGUCUGUAGUCUAUCUGCUGUUUGAAAACUAACCUUGUUUAAUUAUUGAACAUGGUAAUAUCAUUUUACUGUUUGCCUGUUUUAGCUGUUACCAUGGCAGAAGCUCAUCUAUUGUUAACCAUGUGGGUGUCUAGUUUUUCUACUCGGGGUAUUUUCGGCUCCUUUUGACACGUCAGUGCGGAUAUUAUUGUUUGAUAAUUGCAUACCACUAUGGCUUAGGCUGAAAGAGCACGUCUGGCUUCUCUGAAUGGGAUGUGAAGCAUGUAAGACAAUCUUGUAUUUUAAUGGAGGGGCCAAAAGUGAAACAGGAGAAAGGAAAGACUGUGAAGACAGUUAGGUUUAGAGUAGCAUCUGCCAACAGCGGCCGGGUCUUGGCGGAGGUGUUCAAGGAUGAAACGGCCUGGUGCGGCUCAGUAUCGGACUCAGUGGACUCUGACUGCACCAGCACCCCGGAGGCAGAGCAGGGGAGCUCGCUUCCCGCCAGCGAGGCCAACAGCCACCUGAACGGUCUGGUGGUGGAAACUGCUGCAGACGAGAAUGGCUGUGAACCCGAUGAUCUGCUUCUGUAUGCCAGUGCCAAGAGAGAGAUGCUCUUCAGCAACAAACGGAUCAAUAUCUGCAGCAAGAAUGGGACCAUACGGGGAGUGAGGAACAAAGUGAGCGCAGGCCAAGUGCUUUUCAACAACCUCUCCAACAUGUACUCUAGUUCCCUUCGUCAUCAGAAAAGGAGACCCUGGGAGAAGGAACAGACAGAUUGGAAAUAGCAGUUUCACACUGUGUGGACAACAGGAAGAAACAGGCCUGCAGCUAAAGAUUGUCUUGCAGUUUGGUUUACUGUACACCAGGACUCCUCACUUACAGUAACUGUAAUUUACAAGUGUCUGGGUAAAAACACACUCCUCGUGUCUUCUUUCGUGAAUCCCUAUUACUUCAAAAGGACUACAGCUGCACAGAAU